UCAAACCAGUUUACGGAAGUGUAACCCACCCACUACAAAGAUGGAGGACUACAUCUCAAAUUUGAGCAGACCUCAAAUGUAUUUGUUUGGUUGUACCCUCAAAUCCGACAAACGGGAGUUCAGAGUUGACGUAGAGGACGAUGAAACGGAGCAGCAGCUGUCACUCAAAGCAGUCUGUCUGGGAGCCGAGGCUGAGGAUAAGUUCCACAUGGUGGAAGUGGAGGGUCUCACUUACGAUGGGAAAUCAACCAAAGUCCCACUGGUGGCCCUGAAACCGUCCGUCAUGCCCUCUAUGACUUUAGGAGGAUUUGAAAUCACACCUCCAGUUACCUUCCGUCUUCAGUCUGGCUCUGGACCAGUUCACAUCAGCGGGCAGCAUUUUGUUAGUGUGAAGGAUUCAGACGAUGAAGAAGAAGAGAACAACUCGUCACCGGUGAAGAGGCCUGCGAGCCUGAUGUCGGGGAAGAAGCCUCCUUUGAAAAAACUGAAGAUGGAUUCUGACGACGAUGACGACAGCGAUGACGACGACGAUGACGAUGAUGACGACAGCGAUGAAAAUGAUGUGAAGCCUCAAAAGAGUGUCGGAAAAGAGCUCAAAAAAAGUCAAGAUUUUUCAGCAAAGAAACCCAACAAGACUCCGGUGAAACAAAACGGCCCCUCAGGAAAACCAUCAGGAUCAGGGGUGAAACCACAAGUGAAGACACCUGCUCCGGGAAAAGACAAACCCCAGGCUGGCCCGUCUAAAGCUCCCACCCUGACUGAGAUUAAGAGCAAGUUGUCAACGGCCGCCAAGGAGGGGAAACCACUACCGAAGAACGAGCAGAAGUUUGAAAAUUACCUGAAGAGUGCUUUUAAAAUCUCAGACAAAAAGGUGGUCAAGGACCUUUGGAGUUUUGUAAAAACACUGAAGACUGAGAAGAAGUAGCAAGCGUUUUUCUUUGAAGCAUUUGUAUGUUUUUGCCUCCUGCAAGACAUUUAAAGGCACAGUCUGCGAGAUUUCCUCGGCCUUAUUAUGUCAUCGUAAGUGUUACAGAGUGCUGCAGAAUGGGUAAAGCCGAUAAUGAUUCAGGUGUCAUUUUCAUUUGGUUUUCUAGCACCUUUUUAGACCUGGUUCUUAAAUAACUCCCAAACUCGCUCAUUCACUUUUAGCAGACAAUCUGUCCAUCGCAAUCUGCACCACCUAUAGGCAAGGAAAGGAACUGCUCAGCUUUAACAACCUGCACAUGCAUGUUGCUUUCGUACUUAAUGAA